AUGCACAUCACGAAAACACGCCUCGCUUGCGCUACGCUUUUCAUGACUACCUUCGUCUGCGCUGUUCCUCGGCCGAGGCAUUUUUCCUUCAAUGGACAACCACGGGGCACGUCGCAAGAUGGUAUUGCAAAGGUCCUCGAGACUUGCAUCGAUGGGGCUCUGGGUGUUGAAUUCGCAAAAGUGGCCGGAAUUUGGAGCUACGAGCUGAAGACCAACGAAACCUUCACUCCGAUGUCUUCUAUGCCACUAUUGGAGACCUUGCAGCGGAUUUCGACCGAGCUCAACGAUCAGCAGGAUUUCAGACUCAAGGGAUCAUUAGGAUGGGAUUUGGUGGGCCAACUGAACACUCUCGGCUACAAGUCCUUCGAGGUCGACAUGACCCAAGACGACAAGUACGCCAACGCGAGAGAUCGGGCUAUCUUGAGUGGAGUUUUUGACGCAGUCAGAGAGAUCAAGGAUGCAUGGAAGAGUGUAUGCUCCGCCUUAUCUUCACGCAUCGAGGCAACGGACCUGAAUCAGCUCUUGGGCUUCAGUUGUGAGGAUAUUGCAGCUCAUCUACAAGCGGUGAUGGAUUUCUACUACAAAAGAUGA